UUUCCUGUGACAACAAACAAUAUUUGUGUCGAAUGUAAAUUAGUCUGAAAAUGAAACAAGACGAUGAAACGUAUCCUGAGGGCGGCUACGGCUGGAUUAUCGUCAUUGCAUCAUCCCUAAGUAGCUUUGUAACUCUCUCAAUCAUCCAGUCGUUCGGAAUGGUCCUGAAAGUCACUUUCGCUGAAAGUAACCUUUCAGCCACUCAAAUCGCGCUCGUAAUUUCAAUGAACGGGGCUUUCGGAAUGUUAGUGGGCCCGUUAAUUGCACAAAUACAAAAAAUGUGUGGGUGUAGGAAAGCCGCUUUUCUGGCAGCGUUUCUCACAAGUGCGGGAAUAAUUCUAACAUCUCUCUCGAACAAUUUUACAAGCUAUGUUUUUUUUCACGGCGUGAUAACUUCUUUGGGUUUACACAGUGCUGAAUCGACCCAACGUCUAGCUGUUAAUACGUAUUUCAGGAAAAAGAGGAGUUUGGUUACGGGUUUUAUCCUGACUUUCGCCGGUUUAGCACCGAUUUUGAUCCCCCAACUUUUUCGGUUCCUGCUCAAGGUGUAUACAAGUCAACAAACGACUCUGAUUUAUGCCGGAAUUUGUGCACACCUUUUUGUUUCCGCAAUGCUCUUGCAACCAGUGGAAUGGCACCAGAAAAAAUAUGAAGAAAUGGUGGAAUUUAAUCCAGUCAAAAAACCCCAAAACAAAUUCGACUUUGAUCUUCUCAAAGAUCCAGUCUUCGACAAUAUUAUUCUAGGCCUUUCGCUCGUAACGUUUGCCGAAAUGUCCUUCACUCUUCUCUUGCCGUUUAUUUUACACGAUUCUGGACUGAACGUGGACCAAGUCGCAAUUUUUUUAUCUGUCUUGGGACUCGCUGAUUUAAUUUCAAGAUUUGUGAGUCCGGGUGUUGGCCACUGGAUGAGAAAAAGUUCGCGAUUUAUGUUCGCUAUGUCAGUUGCGAUUGUCACAAUUGUGAAGACUGUUUUCAUUUUCUGCGAAGAUUACAAUAUGCUCCUGACAAUUGCUGUGGUGUUAGGUUGGGCAAAGGGGCUGCGAAAAGUGUACAUGUGGCUCGUUGUUCCCGAUUACGUCCCUUUGGAAAAACUCCCGACUGCAGCAGGAAUUGAUCUGUUCCUGAGAGGAGUUUGUAUUUUAACAGGAGGGGCUUUGAUUGGGGUUUUACGAGACAUUACUGGCAAUUAUGCGUCUUGUAUUCUUGUAAUGAAUGCUGUUAUGUUGGUAACUCUGUUAUUAUGGACAGGGGAAGCGAUUAUUAUGAAGCGUAAGAAUAAAUUUUAACAAAUUUUA